AUGGCAGACGACGGUUCAGAUGCGGAAGCAGCGUCCCCUAUCAUGGCGGACUACUCAGACGCGGAACUAGACGAGUCCAGCGCACAAGACGCGCGUGAGGCUUCCAUGACCAAGUCUCAGGCCAGAGUCGGGCCUGUCUCUGACGGUGACAUCCCCAACACGCACCUUCAGCACCGAGUCGGAACCUUGCGUGGAAGCCAGACCAGGAACCUGACCCACACGGACCCGGGCGAAGCAGCUGACGUCGAGGAGUUGAAGGCAAAUAAACCGAUAAGCCAAACCCGACGACGCGGCAAGAUCAACCUCACUCGCAACAGGCAGCUCAGAUACAAACGUGAAGCGUCCGAUCCUCGAGACAGACUGCAUCUGCUCGAGUACGAGGGCGCGCCCAUCAUGCCACCCCCAACGACCCUUCGUCGUGCAAAGAACUAUCUCAGCACGAAGCCACCCACAGAUGAGGACAGCUUCGCAAGGUGGGCUGUGGACUGCACACGUAUCUUCCGAUACGUGGUCUGGUUGAGAACCAAGUACGAGGGCCAGACCUGGUGGGACGACCUUCUCCUCGUGGAAGGCAUGCUUGAGAAAGCACAGGCGUGGCGAUGGUGUGAGUGGCAGGAGAUCCCCAGCCGACUAUAUGAACCUGUCCCCGAGGGCCACCGUAACGCAAUUGCUGUAGGCGUGGCGGCUGCUGAUCCGCUGUCACUGCGCCAGUGUCAAGUCCAGCCGGAUGCUGUCGUGGCCAGCCCUCCUUUGCAUACCCCCUGGAAGCGCUUCAGACUACCGAACAGGAGGCGCCAAAGCUACCUCGCGAGCAUGAGCCAGUUCGACAGGGGCCAACGCGAGUGGUCAGAUCUCACCCACGGCCAUCGUGGUAGGGAAUGGCAGAAGCGUGUCGAGUCCAUCGUUGACCUCCCUCCGCCGGUGAACUUUAGGGGUAUUAUACCCCUUGGUGGCAUGAGCAAGGACAUGCUUAAGAUAUGGGAUCGACUGAAGAAGCUCGAGUCAGUGAAGCGUGAGUUUGUGCACACUCUGUCCCUGGCCGUGGACGAAGAUGAUACCCGUCGCUUCACCACUAUGGCCUUAGCCAUAGACGAUGGUCUCCUCGGCACUGCUCCGUCCAAUGUGCAAAGAAAGGCCUUGCGCUUCCGCCUCGACGAGUUUGUGAAUGCUUCUCUUCCCACUCCUGCUUUCCUCCAGCCGCAGAAUUUGGUGGACAUUCGACCGGCGGAAGUUGAAUGGCUGGAGUUUUUCUCCACUGACCUUCCGAAGCUGCCAGACAGAGACGCUUGCGGGCUGGACACCAAGGGCAGAGUCUUCAUGCGGAAGAUACAAGCGAUGAUUGACUGUCAUGAUCCAAAGUUCAGACUCGGGCCGCAUCCUCGGAGCCGCCAGCUGAUCCAGCUGUUUGUCAACGAUGAAUGCGAGUCUGAGCGAGAACUUGCCCAAAGAGACGUGAAGAAGGCGUUCUUCACUGACGAGGAGGUCGUCAAAUACCUCGAGAUAGCAGAGAACAUGGGUCUCGUACUGAGACAAAACGACGUGACCAGCAGGGAUCUCCAAUAUCGCAAGGCUCCCCAGCUGUUUGCUCUGAACGCGAUACGAUGGUAUUCUCCAGUCAAGAAUGCUCGACCAGGUGCCACUUCAUCGGCACAGCAUGAUGUACACGAUGGCGAAGAAACAGACACCGAGUACCUCCAGUUCAUCCCUUCGAAGAACAUGCUCCGCUCUGUCCCCGAGAUCAAGCGAGGCCAGUCUACCGAGGCCACUGAGCGAACGACGGGAUUCUAUACCUGCUUGGCCUACCGCAUGGGCCUGACCCUCCGUAGGUUGAGGACGCAGCACGAAGCCAACCUGGUCCUCCUCGGAGAUCCGGAACGUAUUCAUCGCAACAUGGGAUCCGCAUUCGACACUGCCAAACUCUGGGACCUCGUCGUUCCCCUAUUCACAGACGUCGUGAGGAAGGCCGAACCAAGUAAUUUCAGGAAGAAGUGGAAUGCGGCGGACUAUUGUGAUGAAGGCGAGCACCAGGCCUAUGUUACUGUCCGAAAGGGGCUCAUUGACGAGCUGUGUCGCAACGACCCGCCCGAGUUCCGAAAGAAUGAGGCAGGACAAGAUGACGAGGCGACUGUCGCGUUCAAGAACUCCAUCUGGUCGUUUGGUGCCGUCGAGAACGGCAAGAUGCCCAACUACUUUGCUCUUGAUCGCCGCGCUAGGCUGAAUGGCAAACUCGAAAGCAGUGGCGGUAAUCAUUUCGUGGCUCGCAAAGACAGUAUGACUCUGCGUUCACCUGACCAGAAGGACAAAGGCAAGGGAAAAGAAGAAGUCCAUCCUCAAAGUCGCCUAGAAGACGCUCCGCCGAAGGGCGUGCCCAGGAGCAGUGUACUAUCCAAGCCGACCUACAAGAACUGGCCGGGCAUGGGGUACGAUCUGGAAGACGAGGACUGGGUUGUCGAGGAGCGAUGGGACAGACACGGCAAGCUUCACCGCGAUAUGUAUGUUCCUCUGGCGAGGGUGGUGGAGAAACAAAAGAGCGGACGCACCCUCCACAGAGGCAGACCUCAUAUUGGCGCCACGCCUCGCGACCAAAGGGCCAUUGAGCAGAGGCUGAAGAGAGGUGGCGCCGAUCCACCUGCACCCACGUUCGUCGACAGGCUUGCCGUCAUGGUAGGGCUGAAACGCAAGAGGGACGACGACCCUGAAGACGGUCGUGUGCGUCUACCCAGUCCCAAGUAUCUUCCCAAGGUAGUGGCACGUGUUCAGGAGGAGCCGCCCCAGAAGAAGACACGUCGAGCCAGCGUUGGAUUUGGCGGCACUUCCGUGGUCAAGAUUAGAGAUCCCCCAAGAAGGUCGUCUGGAGAUGGCGAGUGA